AAGCCCUAAGUGCCUUUUCUUUCAUCGUCCUCCCGUUCUCACGUGCUCAUUCUUCUUCCCCCCCGUCUUCUCCGUUCAGCAGCUCAUUCCCGCCGCCCACGCCUCCGUACUCAGUCCUACUUUGCACUGAUUUUCUACUGAUAGUAUUUCCUAAUUCGAUAGCGUUAAAGAUGCCUCGAAGGCCAACAAAGCGGCGCCAGAUUCUGGGAAAUAGACCUUUAACUUUUUCCCCAUUUGCUCGAACUUCUUGUAUGGCGAGGAAUCAUAUUUUGAAGACGAAAGUAAUGAAAUCUCACUCUAAACACGAAGGUAAUGGUUUUAUUAGGAAGAGUCCCGAGCCACAGAGUGAAUCAUCCGACUCUUCUUCAAGUGGUGAAGAGUUGGAAGAAAUUCAAGCAGAUUUUGCGUUUUUUGAUCCAAAACCUGAUGAUUUUCAUGGGGUGAAGACAUUGCUGCAAAACUACCUAGAUAAGACACGUUGGGAUGAUAUUGGAUUUUCUGAUUUAAUAUUGGGACAAACCACAGUUGGUAGUGUUGUCAAAAUAGAGGGGGAUGAAGAUAGUGGAGUAUUCGGUUUUAUCACAGCCCUUAACUUGGAAAGAUAUAAGGACAGUAGAUCUAUAAUGGACCUCAAGCAAUAUCUCUUGAAAGUUUGCAAGGACAAUGAAAGAGAGAAUGACUUGAAGAAACUUCUGGAGGAGCAAACAUCCAGUGUAGGUCUCAUUGUCUCUCAGAGACUUGUGAAUCUUCCUCCUCAACUUCUGCCACCACUUUAUGAUGCCCUUUUUGAUGAAAUCUCUUGGGCUACUGAGGAUGAGCCAACCAAAGAGCUCCAGGAUUCCUUCCGCUUCAAAUUGUAUAUUCUAAUCAGUAAAAUUUAUAAGCUCAAGACUACAAAUGGUAAGAAAACAAAUCGUAAGAAAAAACCAAUCCAAGAGUCAUUUAUCUAUGUUAAGGCAGAAGAUGAAAUAUUUCACAAGUUGUGUUUAUGGUCCUUCUGCUUUCCCUUGCACACCCAGACAGCUAGCAAGGUAGAAGAUUACGAGUUAAUGGGAAUAGUAAUGGCCGUUGAAGCAAGCAAAGUUCCCACAUUUCGAAAUGAGUUGAAAGCUUUGAUAAGUGAAUCCUAGCAGCAAUCUUAGUUGAACUUGUUGGUCUGAGGAAGUGAUGUGAACGGUUGAGGUGUAAAAUUAUUGAUGAAAUUGUAUUUAAUAAUUUUGAUGUAAUUUUAUUAAUUUUCAAUUUUAUCAUUUUUAAUGACAUUGAAGUAAGGUUAAUUUAGCAUUUUCAA